AGGCCGCUUGUUAGAUAUAGAACAGCUCAAUUUGUUUUUGAUCGUGAUCGGCGCACAUGGUCCAUGCCUGAUCGUACGAUGUUACGUAAGGGCCUGUCGAGGCCACUGUGAAUUGAGAGCUAUUGAGCUUGGUAGACGGUGGCAAUGGAUCUGCUCAAAUCUGCUGGGAAACCGCACGAAAUUGCGGCGCUGUUGAGAUUCAAGAUUGUGGGAUCGGCAGUGGUACCAAAAGUCGAUUAUGCGUCCCUGACAGAUUCUGGUCGGGCGUGUUACGAAUUCCUCAACAAAACGAGUAGAAGCUUUGCUGCUGUCAUCCAGGCACUAGAUGGAGAUCUCAGAGAUGCUGUGUGUAUCUUUUACCUGGUUCUCCGGGCAUUGGACACGGUGGAGGAUGACAUGACAAUACCACUUGACGUCAAGGUGCCAAUGCUCAAGUCCUUCUAUAAAAAUCUCCAGGAUCCGGUUUGGAAAUUUAUGGACAGCAAGGAAAAAGACAAGAUAGUUCUGGAACAGUUUCCACAGAUCACGGCAGAGUUCCAAAAGUUAAAACCUCUGUACCAAGAGGUAAUCUCCGACAUUACCCAGCGGAUGGGCGAGGGCAUGUGUAAAUAUAUGCAAGCAGAUGUAGACACCCUCGAGGACUGGGACGAGUAUUGCCAUUACGUUGCUGGACUAGUUGGCAUCGGAUUAUCAAGAUUGUUCUCCGCCUCGAAUUUCGAAGACCCAAUCGUCGGUGAAGACACUGAGCUGUCAAACUCGAUGGGACUCUUCCUUCAAAAAAUCAACAUCAUCAGAGAUUAUUUAGAAGAUUCAUUGGAAGGACGCAUCUUCUGGCCAAAACAAGUUUGGAGUAAAUACGCCCUUAAAUUCGAAGACCUUGCCAAGCCUGAGAAACGUGGCGAUGCAUUGGCUUGUCUUAAUGAAUUAAUAUCAAGCGCACUUAGACACGUUCCUGACGUCAUCAAAUAUAUGGCAAGGCUGCGGAACCCAAGUGUCUUCAACUUUUGUGCAAUUCCGCAGGUGAUGGCUAUUGGGACAUACGAGCGUUGCUAUAACAACCCGAAUGUGUUCGAGGGUAUCGUAAAAAUCCGGAAGGGUGAGGCAGUCCGGUUGAUGAUGGAAUCCACGUCACUUGAUGGCGUUAAAGCAAUAAUGUCUUACUUUUUGACGCAGAUGGCUAGUCGCAUUCCCUCUACCGACCCUUCAGCGGACAUCAUGAGGUCAAGGACAAAUCAGUACCUGCAGAUUUGCCGGACUGAGCAAGUGUUUGCAACGUCAUCGAAAUAUUUACCUGUUUACGUAUCCAUGGUGAUGUUGACGGCGGCCAUUGCUUGGCAGAAUUGGACACAGCUGUGUGGACUUUACAAUUAAAAUGUAAAUGUUCGGAUGAGAAUGAAAAAGGUGUUGAUUAUCCAUUUCCUGCACUAAUACAGCGGACUUGUCCGUGAUUCGUCAUUUUCAAAUCUUAUAUAUGACAUCUGGAAUCAAUUCACACGUAAAAGUAUAAAUAAGGGGGAAAGGAAAGUUCAGGAUUUUUUCCCGAAGAACUGGCAUGAUCAAAACGGGAGCCGAGUGAAUUUUAGAUGUGUGAACAUGUAUCCGCGAUAUGCCGUACAUGAAAUGGAGACGACGCUUUUAAUCAAAAUACUAACACAGGUGCUAUUAUAAUGUGUGUUGCAACGAAAUGACGAAAAGGUCCUUUGCUUGGAAGGGAUUAUUAUAUUGUGUACCGAUUUUUUGACUGCACCAUAUUACUUGUACUUGCCGCUAUGUGAUAAAAGAAAUAUUUUAUA